AUGAUAAAGAGGACUAACACUGGUAGCUAUGCUUUGGUGACUUGGACAACCAACUCUUCAAACAGCACGCCAAAGUUCAAGGCUUGUUUCUUUUCAUUUGCAGCUCAGUUCAAGGGGUUUCUAAGAGGGUGCAGACCUCUUAUUGGGUUUGAUGGGACACAUUUAAGUGGGUUCUAUAAAGGAAUCUUGUUGACUGCUGUGGCUAUUGAUGGAAAUAAUGAAAUAUUUCCAAUAGCUUAUAGGAUAGUGGACACGGAGAGUAAAGAUAGUUGGAGCUAUUUUUUCAGAAACUUGAAAUUGGUUUUCCAGUCACAAGGUGUUAACAAGGAUGACUGGACAUUCAUAAGUGACAGGAUGAGGGGUGUUGAGGGAGCACUGUUGGAGGUGUUCCCUAAAGCUACUAGGAGGAUUUGCUGUCAACACCUAUAUUCCAAUUGCAAGAAUGCUGGAUUCACUGGCCCUGCUUUCCACAAAUCUUUUUGGAUUGCUGCUAAUGCCUACAACCUUUAUGUAUACAACAAAGCCAUGGAGAAGAUAACAAAGGUUGAUCCUAAAGCUACAGAAUAUCUGGACAAGGCAGAGGAGCAGUGGUCUAGGCAUGUAUUUGACCCUGUUGUGUGUUGUGAUCACAACACAACAAAUUUUGUUGAGUCUUUCAAUGCGUGCACAAAACCUUUCAGAGAUCUCCCUAUCCUCACUUUGUUGGAAGAAAUUAGGGGUUGGUGUAUGAAAAAAGUGGGGGCUAGAUCUGACAGAGCUGUUGACAUGGAACCCACUGACCUCACUGACUAUGCCACUAAGUUGUUGGAGGUCAGGGCUGAUGAAAGCAGGUUCUGCCAUGUUGUGGAAGCUGGUGGAGGGGAGUUUGAGGUGCUGGAUGAUCAUGUGCACUUCCCUAUUAGGCUAGAAACUAGGACAUGUGGCUGUGGCAAAUGGCAGGGCACUGGUAUACCCUGCAAACAUGGUUUGAGGGUUAUUUUUGACCAGAGGCUUAACCCACAUGACUAUGUCUCUGACUACUACAAGGGGGCUGCAUAUAAAGAGACCUAUGCAAGCCACAUACACCCCAUGCCUGACUCCUCUCAAUGGCCUGAGUUUGAACUCCUUAUAAUUGACCCUCCCCCAUUCAAAAGAUGUGCUGGAAGGCCUGCUAAACAGAGGAAGAGAGGUCAAAUGACAAGAAAAAAGGGAAGAGGAGCACACUAUUAG